AUGGCGUCGGCGCCCGCGCUUGCGUGCUGGCGCCGCCACCCCCCACCCCCGCCCCCACCCCCCGCUCGCGAGACCGCCGCGGCAUUCCACGCAGGGAAAAGCGACGCGGCCCGCGCGACGGCGCCGCUUCCCUACUUCGGACGGCGGCUGGGGUCGCGCCGCGCCUCGCCCUCGCCGCCGCUGCCGCCGCCGCCCGCCAAGCACCCAGCCGCAGAAGCGGAGGGCGAAGAAGACGGUGCUCCGCCGACGGCAGCAAGUGAUGACCUGUUGAAUGCGCCGCCGCCGGCUGUCUCCUUGCGGCUGUUGGGUUAUUCAGUGAUGCGGUGCGAGCGCCUUCGCCUCCUCUCCACCGCCACGCUCGCCACAUCCGUAAUUACUUCCUUCUCAAAUGCCCUAUUGAUGUUAAGAACAGUGUUCCGAUUACAGUUAAUGCAAGUGAAGAGCACCAUGGGAUGUGGAGCGUCAAAACGCACCACUGUUGUGCCAGUUGAAGAAUUAUCUACGGAUACAGAAUCUCCCAACAAGCAAAGUCAUAUCAGAAGAUCUUCAGAUGUCAUUGCAGUUCAGGGAGAUGACAUACCAGCAGAAGAACUUAAAGAUGCGAGAGCAAAAGCUCCGCCUAUUAUA